ACGCCCACCAUCAGUCCGGCAAGACCAGCACGAGGAGGACUACAAAUAAAACCGAGAUAACCGAGGACUGACACAUUACUCUCCUCUGACCUGCAGAUUCACUGAGCACACCGUUCAUUCAAAGAACACAGCAGCAGCAGCAACAGUCAUGGCUCAAGCUCUGGACAUCGAUCGCUGGAACCUGGAGUGUGAAUUCAACAACACCGACCAUCGAACUGAUCUCAACGGUGUGGAUCGUCUGAUCGUGAGGAGGGGCCAAACCUUCACCAUCAGCCUGUACCUUCCCUCUGGAAGCUACCAACCAGGAGUCAGCUCUCUUGACUGCAUUGCAGAAACAGGUCCUCAACCCUCUGAGCAGUAUGGCACCAGGGCCUACUUCGGUCUGUCAGCCAACAUCGACACCUCUUGCUGGAGCGCAGCUGUCACCAGCCCCCCGGGGGACAUGGUGUCCUUGUCCAUCUGCUCCGCCCCUGACGCACCUAUAGGCCGCUACACGCUAACCCUGGGGCAAUCAGGGCGGAUUGAGUUUAUCCUGCUCUUUAACCCAUGGUGCCCAGGAGAUGCAGUAUACAUGGACAAUGAGCAGAGUUUGGUGGAGUACGUCUUGUCUCAGGAUGGCAUCAUCUUUCGAGGCAGCUACAAAUAUCCCAUACCAACUGCCUGGAACUUUGGCCAGUUUGAAAGUGGAAUCCUGGAUGUCUGUCUGAAGAUUUUGGACAUGAAUCCUAAAUGUCUGAAAAAUCCUGGCAAAGACUGCUCAGGGAGACGAAAUCCCAUCUAUGUCUCCAGAGUGCUUAGUGCCAUGGUGAAUUGUAAUGAUGACAAAGGGGUGUUGCUGGGAAAAUGGACAGAUGGCUUUGAGGGAGGCGUAAGCCCCAUGUUCUGGAGGGGCAGCGUGGAGAUUCUUCGCAACUGGGAUACACAAGCCUGUCAGCCUGUUCGCUAUGGACAGUGCUGGGUGUUUGCUGCUGUGGCCUGUUCAGUUUCCAGAGCCCUUGGCAUCCCCUGCCGAGUCGUCACCAACUACCUGUCAGCCCACGACAGCAACGCCAACCUGGUGAUUGAACGCUACAUCAACGAAAAUGGAGACCCCAUUCAAUCCAGAGAAAUGAUCUGGAAUUACCACUGCUGGGUGGAGAGUUGGAUGACCAGGCCUGACCUUAAAUCUGGUUUUAAUGGCUGGCAGGCCAGUGACCCUACACCUCAGGAGAAGAGUGAAGGGGUGUACUGCUGUGGCCCAGUCCCCGUUAGGGCCAUCAAGGAGGGAGAGCUCACGUUCAAGUAUGACGCCCCGUUUGUCUUUGCUGAGGUCAACGCUGAUGUCGACACCUACAUCAAGAAAAAAGAUGGCAGCACAUCUAAAGUCACUUCUGCUGCGGUGGUGGGUCAGAAGAUCAGCACAAAGAGUGUUGGCAGUGACACCAGAGAGGACAUCACUCAUCUCUACAAGUACCCUGAAGGCUCAGUAGAAGAGCGAGAGACUUUCAACAAGGCGAACCAUCAAAACAAACUGCUCCAGCAGCAGCAGAAUGAAGGCCUGCAUCUCUCUAUCAAGGUCACGUCAGACAUGAGGAAGGGCUGCGACUUCGACGUGUUUGCGGUGGUUACUAACAACACGCAAAGCGAGAAGAAGUGCCGCCUGGUGUUUGGAUCCUGUGCCGUGUCCUACAAUGGCUUUCUGGGAGGAAACUGUGGUUUUAAAGAUCUACUCAAUGUUGAGCUCUCUCCAGGAGCAGAGAGGAGAGUCCCACUGAGGCUGAACUACUCUAAGUACGGUGGCCUGCUCACUGAUGACAACUUAAUCCGCCUGGCAGCCCUUUUGUGGGACUACGCCACCAGAGAGCCAAUGCUAGUAGUGAGAAACAUUGUGCUGGAGAAUCCUGAAAUCAAAGUCAGAAUCCUGGGUGAACCAAAGGAGAAUCGGAAGAUGGCUGCAGAGAUUACCCUGCAAAACCCCCUGCCACGGCAGCUGGACAAUUGCUGCUUCACCAUCGAGGGGGCCAACCUGACUGGGGGACGCUUCAUCUCUGAGAGGCUGGGCUCCUCGGUGGGUCCUGGGGAAGAUGCCAAGGUGAAAAUCUACUUCACUCCCACCCGUUCUGGGCUGAGAAAGCUGGUGGUCGACUUCGACAGUGACAAGUUGUGUCACGUCAAAGGAUACAAAAACGUCAUCAUUGGAAAAUAAAAUCUUUCAACCUGUGCAGUCCAAUCAACAGCAGUAUUGUUACCCUUUUUUUAAGAGCUACCCUGCCAUGUAAAGAUUGGCAGAUGCAACUUCUUUUGCACACUUUUUAAUACAUACGCUUUUCUCUUCAGAUACUUUAUAGGCUGACUGUACAUUCCUGAUCUUUUCUGCAGAGAUACUUAACUGUGACCCGACAAGGCCAUGUACUCAUCAUGGUUAAUAAGAUCUGUGCAUGCAAAACUUAAAUAAACUGAUCAUGAACUAUU